AUGAGCUCCAAAGUGUAUGAUAUAAACGAACUAAACAUAGAUACCAUUUUAUUAAAAACAAGAAAAUUAAAAAAGUUAUGCGACAAUGGAGGAAAUAUAAACAGCCAACAUUUAAAUGCCUUGAUAGAAAUAUUGGAUUAUUUUUUUGAAAAAUAUAAUGAUUGUUUUUUAUCAUCUGUGGUGUGGGAAGUGGUUGACAAAAUUAUUAUAUUAGAAAAUACGAUCGAAGAUAGAAAAAGUAUUGAUGUCGACCUAGACAUAUCAAUAAAUUUUUGUGAAUUUCUGUUCAGUAAACUAGUUUGUCAUACAAAUUAUGAAAAUGACAAUUUAACAUACUCCUUCAGUUUUAAUUGUUUAAGGAGGCAUCUAUGUUCAGUAAUUAGUUCCUUUUUAAAUUUCAACAACUCAACCUCAAGGAGGAAAAUUGAAACUGCUUUUACAAAUCAACUAUUAAACCUGACGAAGCAGCUAUUUGAAAAUAUAAAAAUUGAAAAUGACCUAGAGCUGAAAAUAUCUUACACCGAAUUUUUAUGGAGGGCCUUCAGAAGAGUUGAUUUAAGCACAUUCAAUAUAAAACGUUUUCACGUGAAUAUAGAAACAUUAGAGAAAUUAAAAAAUUUUAAAAUAUUAAAGUUUGAUGAAGAAUGCAUAAAUUGGCUGAAGGAAGAAAAUUUUUUGGACGGAAAGUGCAUCAUUGAAAAUGGGUCAUUCAUAAUAAGUGGCAAUAAAAAAUACGUGAAGAAGGAAUGUACAUUGUGCUAUUUGGGAAAGUCCUCUAUGUUUUUAUAUUACGACAAUGUAGAAGAAGAUGAAAAAUGUAAGAUAGAAGUUCCAUACUACCACAUAACAUCAGCAUAUUUCAAGAAUAAAGAUAUUUUUACCUUGGAAUGCAAAGCAAUAGUUGAACAGACGAAUAUUUUUUGCCUGUGGGGAGAGGAUGUAAAAAACUCAAUUGAUCAUGAGACAAUUAAUAAGUUUACUUUGUCAAUAGAAGUAAAGAAAAGCUCAAAAGAAAUAAAGAAUAUCAUGAAUUCACUUUUAGACACUCUAAAAUUAGAAAAAGAAGAACAAAAAAGACAAAAGUGCGAUAUCCAAACGAAUGCACAUAAUAAGCAAUAUAAAAAGAAGGAAGAUAAAGUCAGAUUAAGCUACUUCAGCGAGGAUAAUAUAGUGGAACGACUACAAGAUUCUCCUUUAACUUCGAACUCAUCGUUUAAAGAUAAAGACAUAAGAAAUAACACAAGAAAAAGAAUAGAAACUUUAAAAUGUAAAGGUUCGGACAAAAGAGAAACAGAAAAAAGUAGAGAUUGCACUUUGGCGCAACAGCGUGAGUAUAUGUACACAAUUGAGAAGAAAAAGAAAAACCUGGAAAAAGAGUGUAAGUUAAAAUAUAACAAAUUGUCAGAGCAAAAAAAUUAUGUAAAGGGUUAUGAAGAUAAUGGCGAUUUUAAAAAACAGCCGGAGAAUGAGCAUUUCCUGAUGAAUUACAAGUUAGACAUAAGCACACCACAGGUUAGAAUAAAAGGCCACAAUAUCAUAGAAAGAGAUAGUGACACUGAAAUAAUCAUAGAAAAAAUAAUUUCUUGCCAUAAAGAAAAGAAGGAAAAAUUUAAAAUGAAUCUAAAGAAGAAUUUUUGUGAUGCUCUUAACGAAAUAGAUAACCAUAUAAAAUCAUUGAUAGAGAAGCAGAAGAUUAGACGAGAUGAAUUACAUAAGAAAUACGAGAAAAAAAAGAAAAGCAUAAUGUUCAGUACUGAAAAAGAAAUAUCUAUGUUAACCAAGGAAAUGAAUGUUUUAAUUGAGAGUAUGAAAAAGAUUAGCGUAAAUAAAAAUGACGUAAAAAAGGUAUACGAGGAGGGGAAAUUUAUUUUCUGUACAAGCGAAAUAUUAAACAAGAGUCAAGGGCUUGUCAAGAAGAUAAAAGAAAAUUUAGAAAAAAUGAACACUGAUAUAAUUGGAAAGGAAAAGGAAUACAACAAGAGGAAAAAAUUAUGCUUCAAGGCUUUGGCCACUGCAUAUGAAUGA